AUGACGCUCAUCGCGAAGAACCUAGCCGACCUGAAAGCGCGACUUGGCGACGAGGCGCGGCUCCUUGAUGGGCUUCCGCUGAAUAAGGUCGUGGCUAUCUCCCAAUCCGACGCAGACGAUGCCAUCUCGAUCAAGAUCUUCUACGGGCGGAUGCGAAAGAAGGCCGCGGAUAAUACUCGUCAUAACGUGUGGAUAUAUCUCUUCCCGCCUGGUAAAGAGGGCCGUUCUCCGGAGCUUGCGUUUCGCUGCUACGAGCCGGACUGCAAACCGAUCCACUUCGACACGGACAAUAUAGGGCGUGUUGGGGAGGAGCCUGCAGAGCCUUUUCGAGGCGCGGUGAGCAGGGACAAGAUUACGGCGCUUGCGAAAUACUACUUUCUGGAGAAGAUGGUGGUGUGUCGAGAAUGCGAUGAGGCUAAGGGCACGAAGGCAAAGGCUAAGGGUACGGAUGCUGAGGCUAUGCGGUCGCGCCGGUCAUCGAAGUGUCACAGCAACCAGCGUGAAGACGUCCCGCCACGACGAAGCAGUAGCCAAGCCGAUACGGUGACCUCCAAUCAUCACAUGGGGUUCGAUUCAAUCGGAAGCGCCGCCCAAACUACUGUCCGCAUUAGCGGAGCCGAUGAUUCGCGAAGCCAGACCUCCGACUUUAGCGAUGCGCCGUCCGGCCUGAUCGACUCCGAUACCGAGAGCGAUGCCAUGAAGGCGACCAGUAUUAGCGCUAUGGACAUGUCAGGAUCGACGCUAGAUAGUACUCACGUCCGUGUCUCGAAGUCGGAGUUGGAGACAUAUCCACGAGGAACCGCCACGGCUACCUCACCGUUCAGACCUGCGCCCUCCGGUGGUCCCGCCGAUCGAGCGAAGCGGCUAGACGAAUUCAACUGCUUGCAUGAAGGGGAGACGCUGCUGAAUAACAAGAUCAAGGUUGUUGCUGAGAGGAAGGAGGAGCUGCAGAAGGAGCUAGAAUCAUUGGGCAAUCAGGAGCGAGGCUUCGACCAGAAGCUGGAAGACAACAAAGAGAAGAAGAAGCGGCUUCUGGGAACAAUGUCGGAGGAUGAUCGGCUGAAGUUUCUAUGGGAAGCUGGCCGCCAGUACGACAUCAAACGACGAAGGACGGGCGCGUGA